AGGGUGUCUGGAGCUUGGGGCAUCCGAAGGAAAGCGUAGUGAGAGGGGAGGCUCAGCUCAGAGAAGCAGCUGGAAUGCUAGAGGCCUCCUGGAUAACUUUUGCAUUAGUGGGCUGCGAGUCUAACAACCAGCCGCUCUUCCCUUCCGUUGAACCUCAGUCUCCUGAUCUGUGCAUCCGGCGGGACUGGACCCGGUGAGAGUCCCCAUGAGAGUCCUAACUGGUGGCUUUGAAGGCCGGCUGCGGUGAAACCUGAAACAAGGCUUGGGAGGAGGGGGCGCCUGCAGAGAGAAGGCGGGGUUGGGUGGUGGGCGGAGUUAGGACCCAACCAGUCAAGAGCUGAGUGGGGACACCUCCUUUGGCCUGGCUAUGCCUGGUGGUGGUGUAGGAGUAAACAGCUGCUAGGUCAGGGGGCGGAGAUAGUGGCGGGAGCCGGGAGGCCUCUGGAGGGAAGCUUCGACCGAGCUGGGGAGCCCCUGGGCCCCAGUUUCUUUCUUUGCGCACUCACUUUCCGGGUCUUCUGGCCUAAUCUGCUGGAGGUGGCUGGACACAAGUACUGACUCUCUUUUGAAAGGUGUGACCACACACCCCUACCUGGGCCACCUGCAGGACACUGGCCCCUGCCCCUCAGGAGACGCCGGAGAGAGAUGAAGAGCAACAAAGAGCAGCGGUCGGCAGUGUUCGUGAUCCUCUUUGCCCUCAUCACCAUCCUCAUCCUCUACAGCUCCAACAGUGCCAAUGAGGUCUUUCACUAUGGCUCCCUGCGGGGCCGGACACGCCGGCCUGUCAACCUCAGGAAGUGGAGCAUUACUGACGGAUACAUCCCCAUUCUUGGCAACAAGACGCUGCCCUCCAGGUGCGGCCAGUGUGUGAUUGUCACCAGCUCCAGCCACCUGCUGGGCACCAAGCUGGGUCCUGAGAUCGAGCGGGCCGAGUGCACAAUCCGCAUGAACGACGCACCCACUACGGGCUACUCGGCCGAUGUGGGCAACAAGACCACCUUCCGCGUGGUGGCCCAUUCCAGUGUAUUCCAUGUGCUGCGGAGGCCUCAGGAGUUUGUCAACCGGACCCCUGAAACUGUGUUCAUCUUCUGGGGCCCCCCAAACAAGAUGCAGAAGCCCCAGGGCAGCCUGGUGCGCGUCAUCCAGCGGGCAGGCCUGGUCUUCCCCAACAUGGAGGCCUAUGCCAUCUCCCUCAGCCGCAUGCGCCAGUUUGACGACCUCUUCCGGAGUGAGACAGGCAAGGACAGGGAAAAGUCCCACUCGUGGUUGAGCACAGGCUGGUUCACCAUGGUGAUUGCGGUGGAGUUGUGUGACCACGUGCACGUCUACGGCAUGGUGCCCCCUGACUACUGCAGCCUGCGGCCCCACCUGCAGCGUAUGCCCUACCACUACUAUGAGCCCAAGGGGCCAGACGAGUGUGUCACCUACAUCCAGAACGAGAACAGCCGCAAGGGCAACCACCACCGCUUCAUCACGGAGAAGAGGGUCUUCUCGUCUUGGGCCCAGCUGUACGGAAUCACCUUCUCCCACCCCUCCUGGACCUAGGCCACUGCGCCUGUGGGGCUCUCACGAGGGACACGGGAGAAGUGGCUCUCCACCCAGCUGCUCGACCUGGGGCCGUCCCUGGCCAAUCAAGGCUGGUCAGGGUGUCUUCUGGCCGGUCAGGCCUUGAAGCAGGCGCAGCCUCCAGCCAUCCAGGGCCUGGAGGAAUCUCUUGGCCAAUCAAGGAUUUGGGCUUCUAUGUGGUUAAUCAGGUGUUGAGGGUAUUUUUUGUCCAGUCAGGGUCUGAGCAUAGUCAAUCAGGGUAUUUCUGAGUAAUCUGAGGCUAAGGUCAUGUCCUUUCCCGUGAGGCCUUGGUUCAGAACCCCAGGAUGGACCACAAAUCACUUCCUAUUGAUGGGGAUGGUGGGGUCCUGUCCCAGGAAGCCACCUCCUCCCUUUCCAGAGCUAGAGAGAGGUUGAGUGGGGGUAGGGGGCCAGGCUGGGGCUAAUUGUAGAGUCUGAGAACCCUCCCACCUCCCCCCACCGACCACCUUGAGUCUGUCCUCCGUUAAGACUGGGCAUCUCCAGCCACCGCCCCUUGCUGGGGGGCUCAGCUUCCUGAGGGUCUGGGGUUCCCUUCCUCACCUCCUCCUGGAAACUUGAGGGUAUUUUUGUGCAACUUCCUCAGGCUUUAGGGAACUCUGAAAAGAAUGGACAAACCUUCAGCUGUUUUCUUAGCCCCUCUGCCUAGCUGCCAUUAGCCUGGCUCUUGAGGGGCCAGGCCCGUUUCUGCCAUCCAGCCAUGAGGUUUUCCACCUGUUGGAGGAGCCUUUGGGGCUGAGAGGAGGGGGGAUCCCAGCCCACCUGAGGUUUCCCGAAGCCCCUUCGUUGGCAGCUGCUGGAGUAGUCCAAGGGCCUUCCCCCACCUGGGCCUGGGAAGGCUCUAGAGGCCUGGGAGCUGUUGCCUAAGUUCUAUCAUCUCCCUCUACAUCAGGCACUUUAUUGCUGGGCCUUGGUGGGCUGGAUUUACCCCCCAGCUCUUCUGGAGUCUUGAAGGGAAGAGACAGGAGGGCUUCCUGGAGGAGGCUGUGGAUUGAGCAGGGUCAGGUGGGGAAGGAGGCCAGCAGUGAGUCAUUGCACUUUGGGGCAAGGGGUGGGGGCCGGCGACUACCCUAGACUUGAUUUUGUAAUGAUUUGUACAGAAAUAAACGCACCUAAGCUCCA